AUGUUGCUCAUUUCUUUUCCGAAGUUCCUGCCGUCGCAACCUCUCCUGCUGAGCUCCGGUCCAGACAACGCCCUCAAGAUGUGGAUAUUCGACCAAUCAGACGGCAGCGCCCGACUCCUGAGGUCAAGGUGCGGCCACAGUGCCCCGCCCACUCGGGUCCGGUUCUGGAGCCGCGGUGGCCUGGGAUUACUGAGUUCCGGUCUCGACCACUCCCUCCGGCGACUCUCCAUCACUAGAGACGUUCAGUCCAAUACUGAGUUCUCACAAGGUUCGGUUGUGAAGAAGGCCAGAGCGAAAGGAGUUAAAGCAGAAAGCCUGAAGCUUCCACCAAUCACAGCGUUUGCAGCAGAGAUGACGCGGGCACAGGAAUGGGACAGCGUGGUGACCUGCCACGCCGGAUUCCACUCCGCACAGACCUGGAACAUGCACAACCACGCCAUCGGGAAACACAAACUGCGAUCGCUGCACAAGGCUGCCAAACCACUGUGUGUGGCGAUUACUGGAUGUGGUAAUUUCUGUGUGUUGGGGAUGAGUACAGGUCACGUGGAGAUGUUUAACAUUCAGUCGGGUAUCCACCGAGGAGAGUUCGGAAAACCUCAAGCUCACAAGUUGCCAGUGAGGGGUGUGGCUGUCAACAGCAUCAAUACUGAGGUCUACACUGGAGCUGGUGAUAGGAAUGUUUCGUUCUGGUCAUUUCAGAGGAAGACACGACUGACAUCUGUGGAUCUGCUGUCUCCAGUAUCAAGUCUUGUGUACCACAGAGAUAGUUCUCUGAUGGCAGUUGCGUGCGAUGACUUCUCAGUCUACGUGGUAGACACAGACACAAGAAGGACAGUGAGAGUCUUCACCGGCCACUCCAAUAGAAUCACUGACAUGGUGUUCAGUCCUGAUUCCAGGUGGCUGCUGACUGGCUCCAUGGACUGCAGUAUCAGAACAUGGGAUCUCGCCACGGGGAGGUUGCUCGAUUACUUCCUGGUCGAUGCUCCGCCCACCAGCCUGUCGCUAUCGGCAACCAGUGAUUUCCUAGCAACGACACACGUGGAUGACCUGGGGAUCUACCUGUGGUCUAACAAAUCUCUGUACUCGUCGGUUCCCCUCAGACCCCUCCCGGGGGAUUUUAGACCCCUCACCAUCGAGCUGCCAAACACCAGGGGUGACAGGGAAGAGGGAGAGGAGGAGGAGGAGGGGAGAUGAGUGUGAAGAUAUGGAAGAGGAGGAGGAGGGAGAGGAGGGCGAGAGGUUGGUUACUCCUCUAGGAGAAGAUCUGGUGACACUCUCCACACUACCCAAAUCUCGAUGGAGCAACUUGCAAAAUUUGGACAUCAUAAAGAAAAGGAACAGGCCUCUUGAGCCACCAAAGCAGCCCAAGGCCACCCCCUUCUUCCUGCCCACACUCGCCGGCCUUGUCCCCGAGUUCGUUACCAGGGGUGACGAGGGGGACAUCCCCAACGUGGAGGCAGCUGCGUCAAAGAUACUGGACCUCGGAAAGUUGGAGCCUCUCUCACCGUUUCAGAGGACCUUGGAAGACACCUGCGUCACUCGUGAUUAUGCAGCUGUGAUUGACCAAAUAAGAGGGAUGUCCCCGUCAACCAUUGAUAAGGAGUUCCGGAGCCUCUCCCCGGAGGCGGGAGGCCACACCCACACCCACUCCGAGCGGCAGCUGCUAUGCCUUCUCAGGGCCCUGCUCCACCAGUUGAGGUCACGACGAGAGUUUGAGCUGACCCAGGCCUACCUCGGACUGGCUCUAAAGCUACACUCCAGGGCCAUUUCUCAGAGCCAGCAGUUGACAGCCGUUGCCAAGGAACUACUGGAGACACAGGCAUCGUCAUGGCAACAGCUCCAGGAGGAUUUGAACAUGGCCGGCUGUUUGCUGGCCUACUUCAAGAGUGCAACUGUGUACUAAUAAACUACGUAUUAACUGUAUGUGUAUAAUUGUAAUAAUCGUAUAUAACCAGUGGAAAAAAAGAUGGAAUGAUUCUGCUGUUGUUUUUUUGGAGAUUUCUGCUGUGCUGUUGAUUGGUGUCUUUUGUCAUGUGAUCUGUUCAUAUGCUCUCCACAAUGCCUUGUUCAAUCAGUGUGCCUUGUCUUUUCCACCAGCGGGCGAGCUGCCAGUUAGAAGUCCGUAGAUGAUGGAAGCGGUGGUCACAAGUGUCACCACGAGUGCUGCGGCACUGGACCACCUCCAAGAAGGAAACCCGUGGUGUCUGGUGUAGUAGAUGGCUUCCGUGUAGCCAGAGCUGUUUCCACCCACGGCCACGUCUAGUUUGUACUCUACCUGUGUGAUUGGAGGGAUGCAGCAUUCUAGUGCUAUAUACUCUAUGCUGUAGUGGCAAACUCUAAGAGAUCCGUGAUUAGCAACUGCUAUAUAUAAGGACAUCCCUGAAACGGAGAAAAAUAUAUUACGGAUGUCUUAAAAUUCGGGAUCCGUUGCAGUGGCCCCUGGACUGUAAGCAGAUUGGACAAAGGCCAAAAUCAGGUUACAGCUCAAAGGCAAAGUGUAAACCCUCUUGGAGGCAGCAACCUCUCACAAACUACCACCUUAUACCUCGAUCUGUU